AUGAGCCCCAAGGAGAAGGCGACCAUCUCGCUGCACGAGUGCGGGCACGCCAUCGCGGGAUGGUUCCUGGAGCACGCGGACCCGCUCCUCAAGGUGUCCAUCGUGCCCCGCAGCAGCGGCGCCCUCGGCUUUGCGCAGUACCUGCCGGCGGACAUCAGCCUCUUCUCCAAGGAGGCGAUCCUCGACAAGAUCGCCGUGGCUCUCGGCGGGCGCGCCGCCGAGGAGCUCUUCGUUGGCAAGAUCACCACCGGAGCCUCGGACGACCUGGACAAGGUCACGAAGAUGGCCUACUCGAUCGUCUCCGUCUACGGGAUGAACAGCGAGAUCGGCCUCCUGUCCUACCAGCAGAACAACUCGGGCGAGCAGUUCUACAAGCCGUACAGCGAGGAGAACUGGGCAGAAGAUUGA